GCACUGCGCAUCUCCGCCCCGGCUUACCGUCACGGCACAGCAACCAUCCUCGCUAGCCGUUCGUGACCUUCCUCCCUUCUCUGCUUCACCUCCACACCGCGCCGUACUUUCGAAUUCGAAGCACUCUGCUUUCAAUACUGACUGAUACCUUCAUUCUCUGGCGCUUCAGCUUCGUUUAGCAGAAAGAAAAAAUGAGUCCCUCGAAGAAGAUCGAACCCGAAGAGGUCGAAGGAGAAAUAAUCGGCACCACGGAUUACUUCUUCGUGAAAGUUGGCGAGGCCCUUCCGUUGAAGUCCUCCGACUCCGUUUUCGACGCCGAAACCCUCCCCUCGCAGCCUCUUGCGCUCUCCGAACGCUUUCGCCUCACUUUCGUUGCUCAUUCUUCAGGUUUUUUCGUUGCAAAGACGAAGGACCUUAUUGAUUCCGCGAAGGAGCUUAAGGACAAGGGAAGUGGCUCUCCAGUGGAGCAACUGAGUCUCGUCGAUGUUCCUGUUGGGAGGGUUCGCGCAUUGGCUCUUUCCACCGAUAAUUCGACGCUUGCGGCUUCUGUCUCUGGCGACAUUCGGUUUUACUCGGUUGAGAGCUUUCUCAAUAAGGAAGUGAAGCAAUCCUUUUCCUGUUCACUCAACGAUUCAACCUUUGUCAAGGACAUGCGCUGGAUAACAACACCAAAACAUUCUUAUGUUGUUCUGUCAAACAUUGGGAAACUAUAUUAUGGAGACAUUGGUUUUCCACUUAAACAUGUGAUGGACAAUGUUGAUGCUGUUGAUUGGGGUUUGAAAGGUUCAUUUGUUGCUGUGGCGAGUAAGAGUGUUCUAAGCAUUCUAUCGACUAAGUUUGAAGAAAGAGUUUCAAUUUCACUAUCCUUCAGAUCAUGGAUUGGUGAUUUUGCAGCAGAUGGUAGCAUAAAAGUCGAUUCUGUGAAGUGUGUUCGACCUGAUUCUAUUGUAAUUGGAUGUGUUCAACUUACUGAAGAUGGCAAGGAGGAAAAUUAUCUUAUCAAAGUUAUUAGAAGUCAACUUGGUGAAAUUAAUGAUGGUUGUUCUGAAUUAGUUGUUCAAUCCUUCUGUGAUAUUUACCAAGGACUAAUUGAUGAUAUUGUACCCUUUGGAAGUGGGCCUUACCUUUUAUUGGCAUACUUAAAACAAUGCCAACUUGCAAUCAAUGCCAACAUGAAGAAUACAGAUCAGCACAUUAUGUUGCUUGGUUGGUCAGCAGAUGAAGACAAGAGUGAAGCUGUAGUUAUUGAUAUUGAGCGAGAAAAUUGUGUUCCAAGAAUUGAACUUCAAGAAAAUGGUGAUGAUAAUUUGCUCUUGGGGCUAUGCAUUGAUAAUGUUUCAAUCUAUCAAAAAGUUGGGGUUCAAAUUGAUGUGGAGGAAAGGACAGAGCUCUUACCACAUUGUGUUCUUAUAUGCCUUACAUUAGAGGGCAAACUCGUCAUGUUCCAUGUUGCUAGCCUUGCAGGAUGUAAAACUUCACCUGAGAUUGAUUCUGUUCUGCACAAUGAUGAAGAUACUUCUGUAAACCUUCAUGAGGAUGAAGGUUGCACUCUUCCUCAGGGAUUGCAGAAACAGGAAUCAGAUAAGACUUUUGAGGUUAGUGGGAAUCUGACAGCCAAGCCCUCUGGUAAUCCUCAACAAAUAACACGUACUGACACUAACUACACAGAAGUGGAAUUAGUGGGAAAUUCAGAGAGUCUAAAUUCUAAUGUACAGCAAGUUGUUCCUGAUGUAGAUGCAAUCCAAAAUACAGGUAAUCAAAAUCCAUUUCUUCCAGGCGAACAGCAAAAAAACUUGGGACAAAAGACCGCAACACUUGGAACUAGCAUUGGUUCUUUAAUGGUAAACAGUCAUUCUGUUUCUUCUGGGUUGUCAAGUUAUAACAAUUUACAAUCAACUACUGAGAAGACUAGGGAGCUGUGGACUGCAAAUAGUUCAAGGGACUCACAGAGAGCUUCUUUGCCGGGUGAAACAUUUUCAUUCCCAAAAAAGUAUGAUGUUUCUUCAAUUUCAGCUUCAAGCUAUGCUGAUGGUGUUGGUUUUCAAAAUAAAAAAUAUACCAUGGGUGCUACAAAUGUUCCUGGGAGCAUGGGUGGAAAACCCAUUCUUGUACAGGAUGUGAAUGACGUAUCUCCAGCCAUCGAUUCUGCCAGUAGGCUAGUUCAGAGUGGGGGACAACUAUCUACCUUAGUUGCUGGUAAUAUGCAACCAAUCUUGAAUAGCAGCUCACGUUUUUCAUCUGAUGGAAAUAUUGCAGCUGUAAAGUCAUCUGCUCGGAAGUUCCUUCCUUCUAAUGAGCAGCAUGGUACUCCAUCCAAGCUUGGGAUAUUCGGUUCUGAUUUAUCAAAGCAGUUUGGCAAUAUUAAUGAGAUGACUAAAGAAUUGGAUCUACUUUUGAAAUCAGUAGAAGAGACUGGUGGCUUUAGAGAUGCUUGCACAAGGUCACUACGAAGUUCAAUUGAAGCAGUGGAGCAAGGCAUGGAUGCUCUGUCUAAAAAAUGCAAAAUAUUGACGUGCCAAGUGGAUGAACAUCAUGAGGAAGUUCAUUAUCUUCUUAACAAGACAAUACGUGCUAUGGCAAGAAAAAUAUACAUGGAAGGCAUAUAUAAGCAAGCUUCUGAUAGCCGAUAUUGGGACCUAUGGAACAGGCAAAAGUUGAAUUCAGAACUUGAGCUAAAGCGACAGCAUAUAUUGAGUCUGAAUCAGGACUUAACCUAUCAGUUAAUUGAAUUGGAGAGGCAUUUCAAUGCCCUUGAACUAAAUAAAUUCAGUCAAUAUGGUGGUCGGUGCAUAGGUCAUGGACCUUCCCAAAAUAGAUAUGGACCUUCAAGACACACCCUGUCAUUGCAUAGCUUACAUAAUUCAGUCAGUUCACAACUUGUAGCUGCAGAGAAUCUCUCUGAGUGCCUUUCAAAACAAAUGGAAGCAUUGAGUUUAAAGUCUCAAACUGAGGAAAGAAAGAAUGUGAAGGAGCUAUUUGAAACAAUAGGAAUUCCAUAUGAAGCAGCUUUUGGCUCUCCAGACAUGAAAGGUUUUAUGAAGACUCCUCCCAGUAAGAAGACCUUAUUUUCUGAUUUGACUGCUAAUAAAGAUCAAUCUAGGAGAAAUCAAGCCAGUGCAAUGAAGAGUUUUGAACCAGAAACGGCUAGGAGGAGGAGAGACUCACUUGACCAGAGUUGGACCUGUUUUGAACCUCCUAAGACCAUCGUUAAAAGGAUGUUACUGCAAGAACUUCAGCAAGUGAAUAGGAAUGAAUCAUUAUUUUCAAUGAAUAAAGAUAAAAAGGUUUCCACAUUGGAAGAAUCUUCUCCUCGUCAUAUAGAUGCCAGAAUUCCUUCAAUUGUCUUCCCUGCUUCUAAUAUUAAAGCAAGCAUUCUGGAUUCUCAUCUUGAACUUGAAGAGGUGUCAGAACACUCAAAGGCAUUUAUGCCUGCUGACAGCCUCCGAGCACCCACUCAUGUUUUGGAGUCUAAGUCUAGUGUUUUGCAAAAAAACAAUAUUUUAACUAUUCCCUCACAGCCUGCAUUCCAUUUGUCACCUACAAUGGUGCGUGGUCAUUCCACAGAAACUAAAGAUUUGGCUGCUGAAAAGUCUACUGUUCAAAAGUUUGAUUUAAUCUCUAAUAGUGAAAAUAAGCCUACUCUGCUUUGGAAAAUGCCUCAAAACCCCUCAAUCCCUACCUAUUCAACCACAGAAACACCUUCAAUGAAGAUUAAAUCCAGUGAAAUGCCCUUUCCAAAUAGUAAAAUGACUAUGGCUUCAAGUUCCACAACCGGAGACAAACUUUCUAGUUCAUUUACUCCUGAGUCUUGGGGAAAAGACUUCCCAUCCUCUGGGUCACAUUUAUCCACUAUUUCUGCACCCUCAACCUUCCUUGGAAAAGUUACCGAGUUCCAUGUUGAUAAAAGCUUGCCCAAAGAAAAUAUUCCUGCGGUGCCCACAUUUGGUGGUUCAUUUAAAUCUCUAUCAUUUCCAACUAUUAAAACAUCACCCUCUCCAUCGUCAUCAUCUGUCUCAUCUGCAGCAGUGUCAGUGGCAUCAAGCAGUUUGACUAGUUCAAACACCAGUACAGAUUCUAAUCGUGUCAUGUCAUCAUCUUCAACAUCAGCUUUUCUUCACUUAUCUAAUCAAGCACCUAAAGACACAGUGCCAUCAUUACCUAACCCACCUGGCUUGAAGUUAACCUUAGAGUCACUUAAGUCAGAGAUUCCACCAGCUGCUGCACUUAAAUCAGAUAUGCAACCAGCUGCUGUGUCUAAUUCAAAGACUGUUUUAGAUGCUUCUGCAGAGGUAGUCACUCGGCCAAAUGAACCUUUAAAUGGUGCAUCUGAAUUGAAGCUUGGACCCUCAAGAAAUUACAGUCCUACUAUUGAACAACCUUUCAACAAUACAACAAGUUCUGAUCUCAAUGUUGUCUCAGUUUCUCAAGCAGCACAGCCUUCUGAUGCUUCUUUGCAGCUUUCAACUUCUUUCCUUUCUUCUGCUAGUGUUUCAAACGGGAAAAAUGAGGGUUUGGAUUUUGGAAUCUCACAUGAGGAUGAGAUGGAGGAAGAAGCUCCUGAGACAAGUAACAACACAACUGAACUUAGUUUGGGAAGCUUUGGCGGGUUUGGGAUUAGCUCAAGCCCCAACCCAUCAAUGCCUAAGACAAAUCCUUUUGGGGGUUCAUUUAAUAAUGUAGGAACAAGUUUAUCAAGCUCUACAGUUACAUUCUCUGUUCCUAGUGGAGAGUUGUUUAAACCAGCAUCUUUUAAUUUCUCAAGCCCCCAGUCAUCUUCACCAACCCAGACAACAAAUUCAGGUGCAUUCUCUGGUGGCUUCAAUGCUGUGGCAGCUGUUCCCGCACAAGCUCCAGGUGGGUUUGGGCAGCCAGCACAAAUUGGAUCAGGGCAACAGGUUCUUGGGUCAGUUCUCGGUGGUUUUGGACAAUCAAGACAGCUUGGUAGUGGUUUUGCUGCUCCCAGUGGUUUCGGUGGUGGAUUUGCUGGCGGUAGUUCUCCCAGUGGCUUUUCAAAUACUGCAAUUGGUGGAGGGUUUGCUGGCAUUGCAUCUACAGGUCGAGGCUUUGGUAGUGUUGCAUCCACCGGUAGUGGUGGAUUUUCUGGAAUUGCUUCUGGGGGUGGAUUUGGUGGUGGUGCAGCCCCUGGCGGUGGUUUUGGUGGGGCGGCUGCCCCUGGCAGUGGUUUUGGUGCUGCUGCCGCCCCUGGUGGUGGUUUUGGUGCUGCUGCCACCCCUGGUGGUGGUUUUGCUGGUGCUGCUGCCCCUGGUGUUGGUUUUGGUGCUGCUUCUUCUACUGGUGGAUUUGCAGGAGCUGGUUCAGGUGGUGGUUUUGGAGCAUUUAGCAGCCAAGGAAGUGGUGGUUUUGGUGCUUUUGGUUCAGGUGGAGGCAGUAAACCACCUGAGCUGUUCACACAGAUGAGAAAGUAGUACAGUUAAAAUGAUUGGAAAGCUCAAGUUGAGUUUAUAUUGUGAAACUCCACAAAGAAAUUACGCACGUACUACGACUACUAUAUCUUGAACAAUUGUGUUCUAGCUUUUUGCCGAGAAAUGAAUGAAAUUUAUAGUCAUGGUUAUGUUGAAAUGAUCACUAAAAAGGAAACUUGUUUUAAAAUGUUUGGAAUUGACAAAUAUCUGUUGGAAGUAGGGAACCACCUCAAGUUAAGUGGUUAAUUCAUACAUAAUAGUUUUUUCAUAUUUCCAUAGGAAGAUUUAUUACAUAUCAUGUUUGAUUGACUGAAAAGAAAAUAGAGAAGGAAAAAUAUGAGUAAUA